AUGGCGAUGAUGAUGACUGGCCGUGUGCUGCUGGUGUGUGCCCUCUGCGUGCUGUGGUGCGUUGCUAGCGGUGUUUAUGCGAGGGACGUUGACACCAACGCACUGGGUGGCUGCAUGGCGUCGGGAGUGUUGGGUGAGAAUGGAUCCCACAUGCCUGACGGAUGUAAUAAAACUGCGAUUACGGUGCCUUUGCGGUCAGUACUGCCCAUUACUGCCGUUGAAGCCUCGAAUGGAAGAGAUGAUGCUCUUGCAACAACGAACAAUUCGAAUUCAAGUGGGACUUUCAACGCUGGUGCUUCUCCUGGUGGUGGUUCUUCUACUGGCUCUGUUGGUGGACCUGCUGCUGGUGGUGCUGGCGCUGCCGGAGCUUCUGGUUCUGGUUCUUCUGGUGCUGGAGGAGACAGUUCUGGCUCUGCUGGUGCUGUUCCAGGGGCUCCUGCUGGUACAGGGGCUUCUGCUGGCGGUCAAGGCACCGACAGCGUUCCUCCUGCUGCUGCUCCUGCUGGAGGUCCAGGGGCUUCUGUUGGUGCAGGAGGUUCUGGUGCUGGAGGCGGUGGGGGCAGUUCUGUUUCUGGAGGAAGCGGUGGAACUCCUACUGGCGGUCAUGUCACCGGUGGCAUUUCUUCUGGUUCAUCUGAAGGUCUUUCAGAUCCUUCUGUUGCUACUGUUGUUGAUCCUCCUGCCGGCAGCAGUGAUGGUACAGCGGGAUCCUCAGGAAGUAAUCAAUCUAACACGACGGGAGAAUCUCAAACAGGAGAUCAGACGCCUGCUGCAGAGGCUAACAACUCCUCGCUACCCGAAGGACUGGCAGGGACGACAUCCGGCACUGGACACACACGACAAGAGGAAGAAGAGGAAGAAGAUCAUGAAAAGCAGCAGCAAAGUGAUGAAGCACAAGUCCAACAACACCAACAGCAUGAACACCCCGCGGAAAUUGGCGAAGAAUCCGCGAAAGAUAAAAACGCCCUUCGUACAAAUGCCACCGCAAAUACAGGCGACAGUGACGGCAGCACCGCGGUCUCCCACACCACCUCCCCUCUUUUGCUUCUUCUUGUUGUUGCGUGUGCGGCUGCUGCUGCGGUGGUGGCCGCGUGA